AUGAUGGCAUGUGCGGAGAUCCUGACUAUGUGCUUGCUGUCUGCCAAGCACACUCACAGCCCUAACUCCAUGCAGACCCCUCAGCGUUAUGGCAAGGGACUACCCAUCUUCCAUGAUAUUUUUCGACGUGCUGACAAGAAUGAUGACGGAAAGCUGUCAUUUGAAGAGUUUAAGAACUAUUUUGCUGAUGGAAUCCUAAGUUCUGAGGAGCUGUGGGAGUUAUUCAGUGGAAUUGACAGGCGUCAUUCAGACAAUUUAGAAACGGAGAAGUUGUGUGAUUAUUUCUCAACAUACCUUGGAGAAUACAGGAAUGUGCUUUCUGCUUUGGAAACACUGAACACAGCUGUCCUCACUGCUAUGGAUAAAACCAAACUGGAGUAUGAGAGGUCCUCAAAGAUGGAGCAGUUUGUGAGUCGCUUCCUGCUGCGGGAGACCAUGAACCAGCUACAGUCCCUACAAACCUCGCUGGAGUGUGCUUCGGACACUAUUGAAGAGCAGGCUGGGAGAGAGAGGAAAGAUUUGAAGAAAUCUGAAACCUCAGUUGGCUUGAGAUCCACAAGAAGAUGUAGGCGCAGAACUCACAAGAAUGUCUGCCUGUCUCCAAAAGAUCCCUAUUCUGGGAUGCUGACUACAGGUGUUUGUGUAGAAGCUGACAGCCAAUGGAUGGCUCAGAUUAACAGGCUACAGCAGCUCAUCAACAAAUUGGAAUGCAAGAGCCCAAGACUGGAGCCUCUAAAGGAAGAAGUUGCUUGCAAAGGGAGAGAUGCUCACAUCCUGGUGUCUCAGAGACAAAUCUCAGUGACAAAGAAUGGCUUAGAUGAAUUCCACCAGGCACUCAAAUCGUACACAGAGUUCACAGCUGGACAGAGCAGCUGCUUACACAUGUCCACCCACAAGCUGACAAGUGAGGCCUCCUUCAUCUUCUAUGAAUUCUGGCAAGAUGUGACUUCAUGGAGAAGCCACCUGCAGUCCAAUUACAGCAAGACUUUCCAGCGGGCCAUCAUUGACUUGCUGGAGUCUCCAGAGCUCAUGACUACCAUGCUCUUCCCAGCCUCCUGGUGGAUCAUGAACAAUAACUGAUCCUCUGCUGAUGUCCCUGGAACCGUAGAAUAAGGAGUCUUCAUCACAGACACCCUGGCUCCCUCUUCCCCAGAAUGUCUUUAGUCUCCCCUUUCACCAUCUGCUGUACAGUGCUGUAUGCUCCACCUGGCUGCAGCCUGAUGGUUGGCAGCUCAGUCUGGCAUUUCCUGGCUGCUCUGGGCUUUCAUUUCUCCAUCCUUACAGUGUGAUUUUUCCAGAUGAUGUUAUCACCAGCAAAUCAGCCUUUCCCAGUGUGAAACCCAACCUCCAAAUAUACAGUCAUCAAGGAAAGCAAUCCAUGGCCACAUAAUUGGAUAAAGUACCAGUGACAAAGAUACUUGACAUAAAGCUGCCUCUAGAACCAGUGCAGAGUGAAGAUUUGCAGGGAGGCAGAAUGCCAGUAGGCCUGAAUAGGUGGGAGUAGGCAUGCUACAGAGAUAGCAGACUGAACCUGACCUGGUAUGGAAAAGAGAAGGCCAAGAGGGAGAGCUAUGCAUUGUCCUCAAAGAGCCCCUUGGUGGUGAAUUCAUGGCAAGGCCACAAGGGAUGCUGGGUAAAGCCAUGCCCAGCUCUUCCUUGCCAGGAAGGCAAGAUGGGUCCUUUGAGGAUGGAGGUGGAAUGUGAAAUGGAGUGAUUCUUUGCUCUGAAAGAGGCUAGCAGAUUGAUGGAGUGCUCAAACCACUGGUGAUGUGUGAGAGAUGGAAACAUCCAAAUCCCUGUAAAUGGCCCCAAGCCAUGUCUAAAUGAGCUUAGCAAAGAUGCUGCUUAGCUUUUGCAGUUCCCUACUUACUGAUGACAAUAUAUUAGGCAAAGUGAGAAGGAGAAGGCAGUGCACCCACAUCCAGAAACUGUACUGUUAGAUCACUAUAAAGUGAGUACACUAGUCCCAUGUACUGCCCUGAAUUUGUGAAGCAUGAGGGAUGUUAGUGUCAGGCCUUCCCAGCCUCUUGUUUUCACCAUCUAGCCACUUUGGGUAGUGGGUGAAAUGAACUCUAUCAUCUUGAUAUAGGUUCUUCCAGGAGUGUCCACAUCUCCCACAUUAGUACCAGCCCAGCACUGUUGGCACAGGUUGGCAUCCCCAUCAGAUGUCUCUAUGGAGCAGCCAAAUAAUGAAUGAGAGUUGGAGGCUGAGCUCCCACUUCCAGAAUGGAUACCUCUGGGUUUAUGUCAAGCCAGUGCCAUACCAAGGGUCUCCGGCAACUGGGGGCCAAUGCUUACAUUUGCACACCCUCCCCCCACAUUGCAGAGUGGUGGGGGGGGGUCCCCCAGUGCUUGAUCGCAGACCCAGGUGGGUGGGAGGAACCAGAAACUGGAAACACUUAACUGUGUCGCUGCCACCGCUUCCAG